CCGGCGGGGAGCCUGUCCCCGGCGUGCCGCGCACUGCCGCCUGUCUCGCUUCCCGCUCUCCCGACCCGGCAGCAUCGUUGCGCAGCUGCCGCGGACCGGGCGGGACGGGACGUGUCGGGAGCUCGGCGGGGCUCGGGGUUUGCGGGGAGAGGCGAGGCUGGACGGCCGGGGCAGGGGCCGAGGCCGGCCGGCGCUGGCGGCGGGGGGCGGCGGGGGCCCGGCGCGGCGCGGUGCCGUCGGGGCCCGGCGCAUGGCGGCGGCGGGGGGCAUCGCUACGCUGCCCGACGACGGCGGCAGCGGCGCCUUUCCCCCGGGGCACUUCAAGGACCCCAAGCGCCUGUACUGCAAGAACGGCGGCUUCUUCCUGCGCAUCAACCCCGACGGGAAGGUGGACGGCGUCCGCGAGAAGAGCGACCCGCACAUCAAGCUGCAGCUUCAGGCGGAGGAACGAGGAGUGGUGUCCAUCAAAGGUGUCAGUGCCAAUCGCUUCCUGGCCAUGAAAGAGGAUGGCAGAUUGCUGGCCUUGAAAUAUGCAACAGAAGAAUGUUUCUUUUUUGAACGUUUGGAAUCCAAUAACUAUAACACUUACCGGUCACGGAAAUACUCGGAUUGGUAUGUGGCACUGAAAAGAACUGGACAGUACAAACCUGGACCAAAAACUGGACCUGGACAGAAAGCUAUCCUUUUCCUUCCUAUGUCUGCUAAAAGCUGACUUCCAUGGCAGAUUCUGAGCACCACACAGCACUAAAUAUGUCGCCUUCCCUGCUCCUCUCCAAAGUAGCCAAAUAUAAGCAAUUAUUUGCUGAUAUUACAACUACUUUUGCAGAUACCAGAUUAAACCAUGAAUGUUUAA